GAUGGAUGGAUGGAUGGAUGGAUGUGGACGCAGUGUCAUGGCUUUCAUGUUAUGGACAAAGAUCAUUUUUCCAUUAAUUUGACUUUUGACAUGAUGGAGACAGACAGGAAACAUGGAGUGAGAGAAGGGCUGUGAUGUGCGGUAAAACAGUCGAUGGUGUUGAGGCAGGACCGCAACCCUGAACUCGACCGCAUCAGAGCCAACCUGCAUCGUGAGUAGUGAGGAGCAUCAGGCAUCACUGACAAAUUCAGCUGCAGUUUAUUUUUCUUUUCAUUAAUAUGUCUGACCACGUUGUGUGUCAGAGGAUUUCUACAGUAAAAGGACGUCUCAUGGCUGAUCUGUGGUGUUACUGCGCCAUCUGCUGGUCAACUCACAGCAUGAGGCUCUCGGUAAAAGACUUGUUAUUGAUCCUUUGUUGAUACAAACGGAUUCUUCCUCUGUACACCCACUGUAUUCUGAAAGUGCUUCUCUUAACGUCCUUCUAACUUCUUUUAAUGUACAUCUUCCAGGGAGGAGACACCUGCUUACUGUCCACGGGUAAACCUCAUCUGUCUCACCAGUCAGGACAGAAGAGCUCUGGUUUCUACCUGUCCUCGCCUUUACCUGCUUCUCUCCUGCAGAAGAGGAACACCUGAAGUGACAGACCAGAGCGAGGUGGACACUGCAGUUCACAUCAGGUGCGUCACAUGCUGACCUGUCCAGGAACUGAAGGCCUGCAGUGUGAAGAGACCCCUGACAGGUCUGAGUGUUGGGACACGAAGACACACAUUCAGUACAGUCACAGCUCUGUCUUCAGGACACAAAUCUGACUAAAAACUCUCUUCCAGUAUAAAUGAGGCAGAUUCGUGCUGGUGUAAUACGCUGACUUUCCACUAGAUGGCACAAAAGAGCUGUAAAGAGUUGACAGUUUACUGAAACUUUUCAGACUGCGGAGGCGCACUGACACAUUUGCACAAAACUUGGAGUCACUCAAUAAUACCCCGAAGGGACACAGUAAAUAUCUGUUGGAACAUUUAGAAAUGAGUGUACUUUUGGAUUUCUGUGACUGUCCAGCUCUAACUAAACCCAAUAGCAGCGUUUUCCUGAAGUUUCCUGUAAGAAGCCAAAGAACUGACUUUACAUCAUGUUGUGUUUGAGUUCUUUUUGCAAAGUGCAGAGCGUUUCCGUCUGGAAAAAUGAAUUCAUCUGCAAACAUGGAAGGAAUCAAAUUAAUGUCACUUCAGCAAAACGUUCAUCAAAGCUUCAAAGAUUGUUUGUCAAAAAAUGUCUGCGUGAGGAAACCGUGUUGAUAUAAUUCACACAUGAUAAUCCCUCACAGAUUACAGAUCCGUGUGGUAUGUGUGCACUGUAUCAUCUGGUGUCCCCCCUCCCUGCAGCCCUCCUCCUCCUCCCCCUCCUCCUCCCCCUCCCGGGUCCUCUUCUCUCUCUCUCUCAGACGGAGCUGCGCGUCACCACCGGCCGCAUUUCACUGCGAUCUUACCGGCCUUCGAGCUCGAGGGACUGAGGCGGAUCUGCCCCGGCUGGGAUUGAACACUUUAGUCCCAGCUCCACCCUCUGCUGCGGAGGAUCCGGACGGUCCGUUUUCCUUUUCCCGGUCCAGUUGGAGGACAUUUUUCUGCUCUGGUUUGUUUGGUGAUGCCUCCGCACUGGAGCCGCUCCAGCACGCACCCGAACCCGACAGGUGCGUCUCUGAUACCCGACCAAAGACUUUGUGAAAGCUGUUUGCGCGAAGACGUUAAGGACACCUCGUUUUCUGUGUCAGUUUGAAGUUAAGAUUUUGGCUUUUGGCUGGACUGAUUAUGAGAAACCAGAGAUGGAUGAGUCCUGCUGGAGAAGACAUCCGUUUGAUCUGACAGGUUAGACAGAAGCACACCAUGCUGCUCCCGGUGUCGAGGUUGUUGUGUCUGUGGCUGUGCAGCGAGGCCGCCGCGAGUCAGUUCCUCUGGCAGAAAACAAAGACGACUUUCAGUCCUCAUUAUGAGUCCACCGCCGCUCACAGGAAUGCGCAGAGCCGGAGAUGGCGCACAGUCAUCGGGGAGGACAAUGGGGGCUCGCGCGGUGCGAGUGCGCAGGCCUCGUGGAAGGAUACUGUAAACCCGCCAUCCCCGGAGCGGCUCUGGGCGCACGUAGCGCGGCGCGCUGUGCGCAAAGGCGACGCAGAGAAUGGAGCGCAGGGCAUCCGACCUUUACUAGGAGACGACGCUUUACGCGCGGAUGCAAACAAGGCUGGUGAGCCACGGAGUGGUGGAUGCAAUCCGAGAGAAGUACUCAAACAAACCCCGCAUGGACGCACCUGUAGCCUCAGGCUGACUGGGCACAGCCGGCGGCAGAGACGGAGCUCAAAGCCCGGCAGGACGAAGCGCAACGAGCCGCAGCAGGACGGAGCCGCGGCCGGGAUGGAAGCUCUGCCCGUGGCCAUGGCGCAGGAACAAGAGGCCGGACCCCCGUUCGGACUCAACACCAGUGACUACGAGGAGGAGUACUCUCUGCCGGACUUUCCCGACACCACGCCGUUCGUGCCGGUGAACACGCGGACCAGGCGGAAGCAGGUGAGGAACCCGUUCUACCCGGUCACCGCAGAGUCGUACGGAGCGUACGCGGUCAUGAUCACCGCCGCCGUCAUCUUCAGCGUCGGGAUCAUCGGGAACGUGUCGGUCAUGUGCAUCGUGUGUCACAACUACUACAUGAGGAGCAUCUCCAACUCGCUGCUGGCCAACCUCGCGCUCUGGGACUUCGUCAUCGUCUUCUUCUGCCUGCCGCUCGUGGUGUUCCACGAGCUCAGCAAGAACUGGCUGCUGGGGGAGUUCUCGUGCAGGAUCGUCCCCUACCUGGAGGUGGCUUCUCUCGGGGUCACGACCUUCACUCUGUGUGCUCUCUGCAUCGAUCGUUUUCGUGCUGCCACCAACGUGCAGAUGUACUACGAGAUGAUCGAAAACUGGGCCUCCACCACGGCCAAGCUCGCCGUCAUCUGGGUGGGAGCUCUGCUGCUGGCGCUGCCCGAGCUGCUGAUCCGGCAGCUGGUCACCGAGGACGGCGACCCGCCCGAUGUGACCCCAUGUGAACGCUGUGUGGUCCGGAUCUCCACGGACCUCCCGGACACGCUCUACGUCCUGGGACUCACCUACGAUGGCGCACGCCUCUGGUGGUACUUUGGCUGCUACUUUUGCCUGCCCACACUGUUCACCAUUUGCAGCUCACUGGUCACGGCCCGCAAGAUCCGCCACGCGGAGCGGAGCUGCGUCCGAGGCAGCAAGAAGCAGAUCCAACUGGAGAGCCAGAUGAACUGCGCCGUGGUGGCGCUGGCCAUCCUGUACGGCUUCUGCAUCAUCCCAGAGAACAUCUGCAACAUCGUCAGCGUGUACAUGGCAGCCGGCGUACCCAGGAGGACUCUGGACAUCCUGCACCUGGUCAGCCAGCUGCUGCUCUUCUGUAAGUCCGCAGUGACGCCGGUGUUGCUGUUCUGUCUGUGCCAGCCGUUCACCAGGACCUUCCUGGACUGUUGCUGCUGCUGCUGCGACGAGUGCGGCCCGCCUCGUUCCCCCGCCACCGCCGCCAGCGACCUCGACAACGAGUGCACCACCACGGAGCUUGAGCUGUCGCCAUUUAGCACCAUCCGCAGGGAGGUGUCCAACUCCGCCGCCUACACCGCUGUGGGGACGCACUGCUGAGGUCAAAGGUCGACAGCGUUAGGCGGAGCUCGUCAGGGGUCAUUCCCCUGAUGUGAUUAGUAAUUUGAUUGGUGGACGCCUCGACGUAUCAGGCUGUAAAUUCCCGAGUUCUUAAAAAACUUGAGCGGAAUCGAUUGCAAACCGUCGAACACACUUGUGUUUACUUACGGGACCGAAGACGCCGCUGUUUGUUUAUUCACGGUUUACAGAAUUUCUAUGAAGUAAACACACUCAGUUAAUGUCACUUACAUGAUUAGAUCUUUUUAAUAAAAGGUGGCCUGAGUAAUCCUGGGAAAAAAGUUGAUUGUUGAGUUUCACGACAUGAGAUAAUUAAAUUGACUUUAUUUUAUUUUGUCUGUUUCUCAGAAAAAAGAGAUUAUUUUACUUUAGAGUUUAGUUAGUUGACUUCUGCACCAUUUAAGAUAUUCAUGUCUUAUUUUAUUUCCUUUCAGACUUUAGUCAGCCAACAUGUUGAAAUAUGUGCUUUCUUAUAGACAAAUUUUAUGUCUUCCUGUGUUCAGCAGGUCAGCUAAGAUAAGCUAAGCUAGCAGUUCAUAGAAUAAAUUAAUCAAAUGGGCACCAAUUUUCGAAUUUCAAAAAUAAAUUUUGCGUGGAAAUAGUUUCAAACUUUCCAGGAAAUUAGGAGGAAAUCACAGACCCUUUAAAUGAUGAAUGAUGAUGAAAGUGUUACCUUAAAUUGUGUUGGGAUAACAGACAUAAAAACUUACCAUCAGCCGUGGCUGCUGUCAGCACCUGUAGUUUAGUCCUUCUGGAUGUUAUUGGUUGUUUUCCUUCCUUGUGUGAGUGGGUCAGUACAGUAUAGUAAAGUAAUAUAUUGAGAAAGCUGUUGAUUUGUUUUGCUGAUGAUCUUGUGAAUCUGGCUGUUUGUUAGUCUUCAUUCUGUGUUUGAUAGCAGAAAGACUGGACUCUGCUCAGUAUGUAUGUUUUUUAUUUAGCUAUAAGUGUCACUUCAAUUAAAAGUUAUUUUAAAAUAGA